AGAAAAAAAAACCGGGCUCCUCCGUCUACUACGAACGCGGCGGUGCAGGUGUCUCUGUCUCUUCGGGAGAGGAGGAUGCGGAUGGAAGGACGCGGGUGGGAAGAAGACGAAGAAGAAGACGAAGAAGGGAUGAGGGGAACCGCCGCCGCGAGGACACAGGGAGACGACAGGAUAUGAGAAGAGCGGGCGAGAGGCAGAGAGCGAGAGCGAGCGCGCGAGGUGCAAGGUCGAAUAUGAGAGAUUGGUCGAACGGGGCACUUUGCGUGGCGCGAGCUGGUCGGUGAUAAUACUAUGAUUUGGUAUGUGGCCACUCUGAUAGCAAGUGUGUUCAGCAGCAGAGGAACCGCCGCUCAAGGUGCCCACGCAGUGAGAGACGAGCCCCGGUUUGUGACGGCGCGCGCCGGAGAGAGCGUGAUCCUGGGGUGUGACGUGUCCCCUCCCCUGGACGGCCAGCAGCCCCCCUAUGUGGUGGAGUGGUUCAAGUUCGGAGUGCCUAUUCCCUUCUUCAUCAACUACCGCUUCUACCCUCCUCAUGUGGAUCCAAAGUACACUGGUCGAGCCUCCCUGCACGGGAAAGCCUCCCUGCAGAUCGACCCGGUGCGCUCCGAGGACCAGGGCUGGUACGAGUGCCGGGUCCUGAUGCUGGAGCAACAGUACGACACCUUCCACAACGGCAGCUGGGUGCACCUCACCGUCAACGCCCCGCCUUCAUUCACAGAAACGCCACCUCAAUAUGUGGAAGUCAAGGAAGGGGGAAGCACUCUACUCAGCUGCUCCGCCCAGGGAAAUCCAAAACCAAUUAUCAGCUGGCUGAGGGAGGGGGAGGAGCUCGCAAACAACGCUAAAUAUUCAGUACACGACGGCAGUCUGAGCAUCCUCGCCAUCACCAGAGACGACAGAGGAGCGUACACGUGCCGAGCCUACAGCGACCAGGGCGAAGUUCUCCACACCACGCGUCUGCUGGUUCAAGGACCUCCAUACAUCGUGUCACCGCCUGAAAAUGCCACCGUCAACAUUUCCCAGAAUGCACUCUUCACCUGCCAAGCGGAGGCGUAUCCUGGCAACCUGACCUACACCUGGUACUGGGAGGAGGACAACGUCUACUUCAAGAAUGACCUGAAGCUGCGAGUGCGCAUCCUCAUCGACGGCACCCUCCUCAUCUACCGGGUCAAACCCGAGGAUGCUGGGAAGUACACCUGCAGCCCGAGCAACAGCCUCGGCAUCUCGCCCUCAGCAUCGGCCUACCUGACUGUUCAGUAUCCUGCCCGGGUGAUCAACAUGCCCCCGAUCAUCUACGUCCCUCGGAAGCUGCCUGGCAUCAUCCGCUGCCCGGUGGACGCCAACCCACCUGUGACAUCAGUGAAGUGGGAGAAAGAUGGCUAUCCUCUGCGGGUCGAGAAGUACCCCGGUUGGAGCCUGAUGCCAGAUGGAAGCAUCCGGGUGGCGGAGGCCACAGAAGACUCCCUGGGCACCUACACCUGUGUGCCUUACAACGCCCUGGGUACCAUGGGCAUGUCCCCCCCUGCCAAUUUGGUGCUAAAGGAUCCCCCUUACUUUAACGUGAGGCCUGGGGGGGAGUAUCGUCAGGAGGCUGGCAGAGAGCUAGUUAUCCCCUGUGCUGCUUCUGGAGACCCUGAUAUACCAUCCAUCACCUGGAGAAAGGUGGGGAAGCCGAGCAGGAGUAAGCACAACAUCCUCCCCAGUGGCAGCUUACAGUUUGUGUCCCUCGGCAAGGAAGACCACGGAGAAUGGGAGUGUGUCGCUACCAAUGUGGUCACUAGCAUCACUGCCAGCACGCGUAUCCUUGUUAUCGGAACCAGCCCACACGCUCCAGGAAAUAUCCAUGUCUUACCCUCAACCACCUCUGCCAACGUGUCCUGGGAACCAGGCUACGACGGCGGCUUCGAGCAGACUUUCUCCGUGUGGUACGGUCCAGUGUCAAAGAGAACAGACUUCGGUCCUCAUGACUGGCACUCCAUGCCGGUCUCUGGUGCUCAGACCUGGUUGCUGGUGCCUGGGCUGGAGCCUGGGACUGAGUACCAAUUCAGUGUGUUGGCGCAGAACAAACUGGGCACCGGUCCGUUCAGUGAAGUUGUGACAGUCAACACUGCAGGUUCUCCUCUCGGUACCCCAGAACCACUGGUGCUUCUUACUCCACCACGGUGCCUCACAGCCAAUCGCACGCAGCACGGUGUCCUCCUCACAUGGCUCCCGCCGGCCAACCACUCGUCACCCGUCGACCGCUACAUCAUGGAGUUUCGUCUCGGGGAGAGGUGGGAGGUUCUGGAUGACCUGAUCUCGUCCACGGAGACCGAGCUCAUCGCCAAAGACCUCGUUCAGGACUCCUGGUAUGAGUUUCGAGUCAUGGCCGUCAUGGACGACCUGAUCAGUGAGAGCAGCAACGUGGUGGGCGUGUCCAGCACUGAUCCCUUCCCUCCUGCUGAGUUACCUGAAGAAGGCCUGGCUCGGCCCGUGGUGGCCGGCGUCGUGGCGACCAUCUGCUUCCUGGCAGCGGCAGUUUUGUUCAGCACUCUGGCGGCGUGCUUCGUCAAUAAACAACACCGGCGCAAACUCAAACGUAAACCAGAUCCUCCCUUGUCGGUGACACACUUCAGGAAAAGCAUCGAGUCUCCGCCUCCUCUCACCCCUUUGCCCGGGGUAGAGCCCUGCUGGGACGAGCCUGCCAGGAGCAGUUUCAUGCCCCCACCCGCCAGCCCCUUGUUAUCAUCUGGGAAGAUAAGUCCAGAGAGCUCCCCUCCAUCUCGUCCUCGCUCUCUUUCUUCGGAGGGUUCCCAUGGACCAGGCCUUUAUGUCAGGAAGCUGCCCAGCCCUCAGAGUGAAAAAGACAAAGAGCUCUCCUUCUACAAGAAAACCAAGCGUGCCAUAGCCAGCAAGAAAUACAGCGUUUCUAAGCAUGAAGCAGAGGUCACCACACCUAUCGAGCUGAUAAGCCGUGGCCCCGACGGCCGCUUUGUGGUUGAUACCAGCCCACCACCGCGCCGCAUCCAGGGCUUCCCCUUUGCCGAGGAGUCUGACAUGUACCCCGAGUUCCGGCAGUCUGACGAGGAGAACGAUUUUGACCCCGGGCCGCUGCCACCCAUCAUGCCCACGCUGCGGCCCCAGCUCUCUCCAACAUCCUCCAGCCUGGAGUCAACACAGCCCCCCACCUACAGCCCCCGCCUACACAGGGCCAUGGAAGGUAUGAGCUUUGCAGACAGUGCUCUUCACGCCUCGGGGCAGGCCCCGGCCUCCCGCUACAGGGGCUUCCCCCAGGGCCCGUUCUAUGGGUAUCUAGGCAGCCGUGCUGAAUCAGGGAUUCCACCACCAUUCUAUAUGCCUGACAUCAGCCCACGUAGCUCCGCUCUAUCCUCCCCCCCAGGCACCGCCGAGGGCCCCUUCGGUUACCCGUCAAUCCCAGAAGAGAGCGGGGAGCUGGAGCAUCAUCAGUACACUGCCUCUGGCCACUCUCUGUCUCACACUCACAGCCCUCCGUCGCGCUCGCCAGACAGCUGGCAGCCUCACGAGCUGCCCUUCCUGGGUCUGGAGGGUCCACGCUUCAUAUACCCACCUCAUCAUCCUUUACAUCACCCCCAGGAUCUCCCUGACCCUCCCCCUUACCCUCCUCACUCUCUUCCUCCUAGUCGCCUGCACCUCCCUUCCCUGAAGGAUCCAACAAGCCCUGGACUCCUGCAGCUGGAGGUUCCUGUGGCUCCCCCUGGCAGAGACAGGCCCCCAGGGCCUCCGGUUAGGCGUUUAGCUAUGCAACAGGCCCAAAGUCUCGGCCAGCUCAGACACACGUCCCACGGUGUGGGUGUACCAGUGUUGCCUUACCCCGACCCGGCAGUCCGUGCAGGGAGCCCAAGCACAGCCCCCAGUAGUAGUCCUCAGUCCUGGCUCAGCCCGAGGGCGGGGCGCCGGGCAGACCCCAGCCUCCCGCCGCUCGUCCUCCAGCCCUCUCGCCUCUCUCCGCUCUCCCAGAGCCCGCUUAGCACCCAGCCAGGUUCUCCAGACAUUCUGGUGCGGCCUCCUCCGCGCCCCAGCAUCCUCCGCACCUCUCGGUCUCUGGAGAUGCCUGAGAUCGGCCGGCAGCCCUCGGCCACUGUCAGUUUCUCGCGCAGGUCAUCCCUGAGCGCCUCCCCCACUCAGAGCCAGGGCAGCAUGCAGCCCAGCCCCAGUUACCGUGCCCACUUGUCAUACGCCUCCACCGCAGCCAGUUACCCCUCCCAGUCCCCCUCACCCCCUUCAGAGGGCAGGGAUGUUUUCGGGCAGAGGCCAUCCCAGAGAAGGACAGAGGAGGAGAUGCUGCCCUCAGAGUCCCCACAGCUCCAGAUCUCAGCCUCAGGGGAGCCUCUAGGUGCGUCUGCUGAAGCCGUCGGGUCUGAGAGUUUACCAGCACUGCUACACCACUGUAUCACUAAAGCCAAGGGGGAGGCGGCCAACAACAAUAACAACACGGACCCUGCACGGAGAACAGGUGUGUCUCCCUCUCAGACCCGGCAGCGAACUCAGACUCCCCAAGACGGUGGCGGCGGCGGCGGCGGCAACGACCUCGAUUACCACCGAAAGAGGAAACGACAGAACAAGAAAAACCCUUAUUUCUAUUUGACCUCCUUCCUGCACCGCAGGAAGUCAGCCGAGGACCAGACAGGCAUUCUGGCCAGUGCAGACACCGAGGGCCCGAACUACGGCACCCUACGCUGACGCCGUGUGCCCUUCACCAAGCCAUUGGACUCGAGUGAUUCACACACAUUUACACACACACACACACCUCAGUACUCCCUGCUCCAUCCCAGCCUCUGUACACAUUUCUUCAAAGAUUCAUUAGGGAGCAGGAAAUGUGAAGCUGAAUCCUCGUUUUGGCGUUUUGGGAAAAAUCUCACAAGAGGACGAGGACACUCGGCUCUGAGCGGAACUCACUUGAAGAAAAAGGAGAAAAAAUAAAUAAAACGUUGUACAUAAAUAGCGAAACAAGGGAAUUUUAGCUUCCUCCUCCUACAGUAAUAACAACACGUGCUGGUCGAGCGCAGCGACUUCUCACUCACUGGGUCCAUAUCUUUAGGUUUUUUGCAGUCAAAACCGUGGACUGUUAAAGCCUGGUGCAUCUUUGGACAGGGACGUCUUCACACUUUUUUCCUACAAUACAAAACUAGUGUCAGUAUUUCAAAAAAAACAACAAAAAAAAACACAGGGUUUUUACCACAAAAUAUACCUCAGAGUAAGACGCAGAGUUGCUGUAAUUCUUGUGGUAUACUUGUACGUACUUGACCUUUUUAACGUAUGGAUUAAAAAGGUUUAUAUCACGCACGCACGCGCGCGCACCGCCGCUCAUUCUAACUGAUAAUACGGCUUAGCUUGAUCCAAUUAGGAGGCUUUUUUUGAAUUAUUAUUAUUUUCACGAUCCAGUGCCAACCGUUUAAGGACGCGAAAAAUCGCAGCCUGCGUGAGGAUGCUUUUAAAAUAACUAAAUAAUCUUACAGGUUUGGACGAAGAAGAACAGGGUGAUGAAUUUGCGGAGUGCACCGAGUGUCGUAUGUGUUUCCAUCGUUAUGGAAUCAUUUGUGAAACGUGGCACGUAACGCCCCCCUCCCCCCCCCCCGUGCCUUUAUUUCUUUGACUUGCGUAUUAUUUUAUUCUUUUUUUACUUUGUUUGCCAAGGACACUUGAGAGAAAAUGCAAAAACCCUCUGGUUUUAUUUCUUACACUUCUCAUACCUUACAUGGGUACCUGCUUCAGUUUUAGAGUGGAAAAGUUUUCCAUGCAGAAAGAACAAACCAGAACAGCGAGUUUUGGUGUUAAUGUUUAACCGCGACUCUGUUUGAGGAGAAUGUUAUUGCUUCAUAAAGCUGUAGGGGGGAGGGGGGGAGGGACAUUCAAACAAAGGCAAACAAACCUGACUGUUUAUCUUUAACUAAGUGUAUAUUUACUUGCUCGCUAUAACUUUAUUAUUAUUUUAUCAUUUUAUCCACACUAACCGAUAAUGAAUGUAUGCUUUUUUGCUGUACAGGAAAUGAAUGUUCCCGGUGUCGCAGUGCAUUGAAUGAACCGCAGCUGCGUUUGAGACAAAACAAGUGGUCGUCGGCACGCCAAAGGUGCAGUGUGUGCAAUUUAGCCGCAUUUCAUUGGUUGUAAAUGUUAAAAAAACAUGCUGGUCCCAAAACGAACGGCCGCCACGCGAUCGUACAUGUAUAAAAAAAAACAAGUAAGGUUUUUAUCCACACGGAAACAGAACGAAGGAAUUCAAGAAAUGUCUUCACAUAGGACAGUUAUAUGUUCCUGGAACAAAGUCCACACUUUUUAUUUGUUUUUCCAAAUUUACUCCUCGCCUUCAGGUGUCGGAAGCUAGGAUAGGAUAGCACUCGCGCGCGCAGUUUAAUCGAGCUGAGGUCGUA